CGAGGAGCGAGUCUUGCCCUCCCUCUCGCGGGCGGCAUGUCCUCGCUCGACGACACCGUCCGCAAGUAUCUCAAGAAGGAUGAGCAUAUUGUCCUCGCCAUCCUCGGGCUCUAUGCGACCGUGUACGGCAUGGUCAAGAUCAAGGGGAUGCUGACAUCGAAGCCGGUGCCCAAGAAGGAGGCCCCCAAGGCGCUCGCAUCGAAAGUGUCGGGCCUCGGCGUCUCGUUCGAGGUCAAGGGCGGCGAAGGCGCUUCGGUCACCUCGGCCAAGUGGGGCUUCGAGUUCCCGACGAUGGAGAACUUUGACGAGUGGGAGAAGAACGAAGAGAACUGGAAGGCGUGGGAGGCGUGGGUCGACAGCCCAAAGUUCGAGGAGUGGGCGAACAGCGACGGGCCUGCCUGGUGAUGCACGGCUGGUCGGGCCACGGCGUCUCGCGCUGCUCGGCACCCCCUCCCGCGUCCCGUCGGCCUCUCGGGAAGGGGCGUCGUCCCGGUUCCACUGCGUGGGUGUGGCGUGUGAGAUCGACCAUCCACCUUGUUCUCUCAUGCCGCCGGCGCCGCUUAGGUGCCCACUGCUGUCCUGCGUCAAAAAAUAUGUAUCAGGAG